CCUAAUUGUUGUGAUAAACUUAUUAAAUAGGCGGUAUGACGUGAAUGUGGAAAUUUCCUAUUAAGUAGAGUCGAGUGAUGUCAGCAUCCAUUCAUAGCAACGCCAGCCCAAUGACGACCUCUACUUCCUACCCGUCCGAACCAGCUGGAACUGGCAAUUACCAAAAUAGUGGGGCGAUGGGUAUGAGCUCAGAUGUAAACUACUCGCCCCUCCCACCGAGCAUCGCAAGAAACCUAAACGAUCGUUUAUACGAAAAAAGAAAGCAAGCGGCCCUAGAAAUUGAAAAGCUAGUGCGCGGCUGGGUGAGCACAGAACACCCGAAUCAGUGCAAGAAUUAUGUGCAGAUGCUCAUUUCAUGCCUUCAAAAAGAGUAUUUAUAUAGAGGCAGCAAUCCACACACUAGAAAGGGAGGCCUCAUAGGUCUAGCAGCCACUGCGAUUGCCCUUGGAUACAAAGAAGUUCACGUGCACCUUGUUAGUCUUAUCAACCCUGUGGUGGAUUGCUUCAAUGACCAGGACCCACGUGUGAGGUAUUAUGGCUGUGAGGCUCUAUUCAACAUCUCCAAGGUGGCCAGAGCCCACAUCAUGCCCCACGUGGGAAAGAUAUUCGACGGACUUUGUAAGCUGGCAGCAGAUGAAGAUGCUAAUGUGAGGAAUGGGACAGAAUUACUGGAUAAACUAAUGCAAGACACAGUGGCAGAACAUGUGGAUAAGUUCGACGUCAUCACAUUUGUCCCCAUGCUCACCGCCAAGCUGAAGAGCAACGACAAACAAAUCGCUCUGUUCCUCGUCAAAUGGAUAGUGGCGCUGAACAGUCGUCCGAACUCACACCUACUGAAGUACCUGCCCCAACUGCUGGAAGGUCUGUUCGGGUUCUUGGCUCUAGACGAUGAAGUGGUGUACAAGGCGACGGAGGAAUGUCUGAAGGAGUUCCUGAAUGAAGUGAGGGAGAGACCGGAGAGUGUCCAGUAUGCAUCCAUGGUCAACACAAUUGUCUACCACUCAAAACCAAACCCUUAUUUCGGCUUCGACCAAUUGACAGCAAUCGGCCAUGCAAAUCGAGCACGAGAACUUCGAGUGCAGAAGAUGGCGUUGUUGUGGCAGAGUGAGUUUGUCAAGUGUGCUGGCAGGGAGAUGCUCCCUUUCCUGUCCAACAUGCUCCAGGCCAUCCUCCCCAUCCUCUCACUCAGUACAGAGUCAGUCACAGCCGAACUAGUCAGACUGGCACACGAGGUGAACUCUGACUUGCAGCAUCUAAUCACAGAAGCAGACGAUGCGCCAGACUCCAGAAUGGGAAUGGGAAUGGGAAUGGUCACCACAUCGCCGGGAAGUGCAGGAGCAGCGGGUAACUUCACAUCUCUCCAGGUCAUCACAAACCACACUGGGGCAGCCAACAUCAACCACAGCGGAGGGGGAGGGGGAGGGGGAGUUGCCGAGAGUCUGACGUCAGUGUCUUCCAGCUCAAUCGACGAUCAGGACAGUUUAGAACAGAUUCGCUCCAGACCCGGAGGUCCAGAUAGCAAUGGUCCCACACUGGUCACCUUUGGCAUCGGAGCAGUGGAGCAACAUCACUCUGACCAACAUCACAGCCAACAGCAGCAGUCCACCAGACUAGUACCUCAUCCAGUCCAUGCGCCACAGGCCAUACAUCCACACUCCCAUCAUGUCCAGCUAGAUGUCAAGGAUACUGUGGACACUUUGGCCCAACUGAUCAACCAGAACCAGGGCCAGAAUAAACUCAUCCCCACCCAGGAGGCAUGUCUCGACUGGCUCUUCAAGCUAUACUCCACAGUGCCCCACAAGAUGUUCAUUUGCACAGAGAACAUCUUCCCCACUCUGAUAGCCCUGGUGCGCACCCCCUCCUCCGCCUCAGAGAGGGACCACAGCAGUAGGGACACCGCCUCCUCACACCUCCACCACAGGGACACGCCGCACCACUCCACGGUGCAUGAGAAAGUGUUGAAAGUGCUAGCAGAGAUUGCCUCCUCAGCUGCAGCUCCUCUGGAGACCUCCUCGGACAUCACCUGUCCCUCCCAGAGGAACGUCUACUUCCGAUCACUCCUCCGCAGACUUCUCGAGAGCUUCGCUGCUUAUCCAGACUUAACAGAACUGGACAGGUCACACGGACUAUUCAUCAUCAGGAAUCUGUGUGCCCUAUUGUCUGCCCGUGACGUCUAUCGCACGCUGUCCGAACUGCUCCUUCUGAGAGUGACUGCAGUACACCACGAGGAUGGACAGGAUAGACAGUUUGUGUCUAAGAUGGUCAACCUACUCAACACUAUCCUCAUGACCACACACGAACUGUACCAUUUGAGGGAUGAGUUGAAACACUUUAAACUGCCCGACACUCGAGAUCUGUUCACGUGUGUAUACCGCACCUGGUGUCUAUGUCCAGUAGCUGCUGUCUCUCUCUGUCUCCUCUCUGGCAAGUACAGACACGCGUGCAGACUACUCCACCUAUUCGGCUCACUGGAGAUAGACGUGGACAUCCUGAAUGAAGUGGACAAAUUAGUACAGCUGCUAGAGAGUCCCAUCUUCGCCAACCUGAGACUACAGAUGCUAGAAAUGAGUGACAGUGAACAGCCGCACCUAGUGAAGGCCAUGUACUCUCUGUUGAUGCUACUCCCCCAGACAGCCGCCUACUCCCUCCUCAAAGACAGACUCUCAUGCAUACCCUCCCCACAACUCAUGCCAACAGGGGGGUGCACCAGUAAUAGAAGUGGGGGUGGGGGUAUGAAUACUAACAGAAGUACAACUAUGGUGCCCAAUUCAGAAGGGGGAGGGGGCGGAGAUGAUGAGUUAACUGCGGCGACCAAAAGUCCUCUUUGCAAUGGACCUUCGGAGUUAGAUUCAGUGCACAACAUGAAAAACGAUCUCCAUGAUAGAAACACUAUGUCGCCCUCAGCUUCACACGGACACCACGAAGACAUCGAUUCAGACGCCCUGUUAGACUACUUCCGCGCAUUCAAUGUCGCCUCAGAUGGAACCCCCAACGGACUGUACACCACCUCAACUGUACCCCUUCACAGCACCCUAAGUCCAGUAGGAGGAAUAGGGGGAGGGGGAGGACUAGGAAUGAACAGGGGGCCUCCUCAGAAUCACAUGAACUACUUCCGACCCUUGCAGAAGCCACAAGUAGUGAGUAGUCAAAGUCAACCCCCCAAUUCACACAUGUACGACCCAACUACACAAGGAAGUACGACAGUAUCCGACGUUUAAAAAAUGUCCAAACUGUUAAACAGCUGUUGUCAUAGACUGUGUUUUGUAGUUAAUGCCACAUUGUUGGCAUUCUCUUUUUCGGUAAACAAUUCCAAGCCAGAUUAAUAAACAUAAUUUUGCUCAAAUAUUUUUUCAAUAUGAUGCUUAAAUUAAACGAUUUUGUCAACAAGCUGGCAUUAACUGUGAAAUUGAUGUUUUGACUGCAUUUUAAACUCAAUAUUGAAUGUAAUUAUACAAGCGUAGCUUGUCUUUUUAAAAUUGUCUUGACUUUAAAAGUUGUCCAUUUCCUUGUGAAUCUUUGCUUCAUUAUUGUGGUAGUGAUUUUUGACUACCUGAAUCAUUGUAGUUGUAAUAAAAACAAGGUUUGCCAUAAAAUUAACUGGAAUUAGAAAGAAGCAAAGAAAAGCAAUUAUCACAUCCAAGCUAGAAGACCGUUACUUACAAAAUUAGAGCUCAAUACAAGCAGCAAAUGUCAUCCCAGAUAUUUCAUAUUUUAUGCCAUUUUGAUGGUGUAUUCGAAACAUUACUACUUGCAAUUUCACAAUUCUGCCCAAUGUGCUGUAUAUUGCGAUAGACUCCAAAAAUAAUUAUUGUUUUUCAACUCAUUAAAUUUACAAUGUCGUUUAUAGUAGUUUAAAGUGAAUCUACUGACCUAACCAUAAAAAUUAAACGGAACUGAAGAAACAAUAAAAAAAAUAUUGAUUAUGCUAGCAGCAUCUGUUUACAAAUUCAAGUUUUUAGUCUAAUCUUCCUUCUCAUUGAUAAUUCAGGAAUCGUCUCAUCAAAAAGAUUUUGAUUAGUUCAGUUAUCAAUUAACAAUUGUUUGUUUUUAUGGAAAUAUUUACUAUUUGGUUUGUUGAAAAGUAGUGGUUUUAACCGUCUUUCUACUUUUUAUAUCUGAUCGAAGUUAUGUUCUUACACACAUUGCAUUUUUAGUGAAACCGAAAUUCGAGGCGUAUUUUCUCAUGUCAAAAUUGAUGAAAGAACAUCUUCUCAGAUUUGGAAAUCUCGUAUUUUUGCCAAAUCUUCUAAUUUAUGCAGUAAGUUUGAAAU